AUGGAUGAGGCAAGUAUUUCAUUAACAUUGCAAUACACGUGCGACACACUUGUGAUUCAUCAAAUCAGACGUCGGACGUUCGAAUUCUUUUCAUAUCACAAGCAGUCGAUAGCAGUCAAUCAUUUCUUGCCCCUGAAUGUCACUCUUAAAAUUUAACCUGACCAAUAUUCCUAUUAAGCCUCAUUGGAUAUCAAGGUAACAACAAUGAAGAAAAAAUAGCUACCACGUAUAACUACAAUAAUCAAACCAACAUUGAAAAAUAUGUAGGCACCACAUUACAUUCGUUCGUUUGUAAUAAAUGCCUGUGAUAACAUUUGGCAAAUUUUUUGAAUAACUUUUCAAAUAAAUAUAAAAAUAUAGAGAGGCAAACGUUAACAGAAGAAGUUACCGCAUCGUGAGGAAUGAAAAAUACUUGGUGUUCGCGUAUAAUUAGCAGCCGUAGAGUUUCCUAGUCGCGACGUGACGGUCGAGGUAGUUCGCGAGGAGGGAAAGGAGGACUCGGUGGAGGAAAGACGGAGCAAACAACGAGCCAAAGAGGGAACAAGAAAAAGGAAGGGGCAAAGGAGAGAGGGCCACUGUCACUGCCAGGGCUACGGUGAGGCUGGUAUUCGUCUGGUUCGAGCAGAAAGACCGAGAGAAAGAAACAGAGUGGCAGACAAAGAGGCACGUCCUAGGGACGAGGAAGGAAUCUGGUGGCAGAGAGGGAAUGAAGAAGAGACGAUGCAGAAAGAGAGGGGAAGGGAGGAGACGUCGCAGGACGUUCACCUUUCCUCUAUGGGCUUGCAAGAGUCGGCUUCAGCCGCCAUUACACAAUCGUUGAGUUUGCUUGUCCGCUCCUCGGCCAUGGCCGCCAUGUUGGUACCGGUCGGUGCGUCAACUACGGUGCAAGAUCUUCACGGUGAAGGUCUCAAGAGUUCCAUAGACGGGCACGCUAUGCCCGUGGAAUGUCUCUUUCGUUUUACGUUAUGUAAAAUUCCAGUCGAUGAUCGCGUCGAUAUUAUCCGUAAAUAUAACGAGCAAACGAUCAUACUUCUUUAA